GCAUCCCAUACAUUUAUCAUACACCGUGGUUGUACACAACGUGCUGCAAAUGCAGGCAUAUAGGAUUUUAAAUAGGAUUAAUCUGCUUUCUCGACCUAAGCUUACUUACGAACUAUUUAAUUUUAAACGAUUUUUGUCUGUAACCCAUAUUCCAAAGAAAAUGUCUUUUUCUGUAGUUGAACGUGGUACUUUUAAUUCAGUUGAUUAUAGACUUUAUAUUUUAAAAGAUGAAUCUCCAAUUUCACCUUUUCAUGACAUUCCACUGUAUGUCGACAGCGCGAAUAAAACUGUCAAUAUGAUUGUUGAAAUUCCUCGUUGGACCAACGCCAAAAUGGAAAUUAAUCUUAAGGAAGCUUUAAAUCCAAUAAAGCAAGAUAUAAAAAAGGGCAAACUAAGAUUCGUAGCGAAUUGCUUCCCUCACCAUGGAUAUAUUUGGAAUUACGGAGCUCUUCCACAAACCUGGGAGAAUCCGGAAGUUUUGGAUAAAGCAACAGGAUUUAAAGGUGAUAACGAUCCAAUAGAUGUCUUAGAAAUUGGAUAUAGGGUUGCUAAGAAAGGCGAAGUUUUACAAGUUAAAGUUCUUGGUGCCUUGGCUCUCAUUGACGAAGGAGAGACUGACUGGAAAAUUAUCACUAUUGAUGUAAAUGAUCCAAUAGCCAGCAAAUUAAAUGAUGUAACUGAUAUUGAAAAGAUUUAUCCAGGCUUGAUGAAAGCUACUGUAGAAUGGUUUAAAAUCUAUAAAAUUCCUGACGGAAAACCCGAAAAUCAGUUUGCUUUUAAUGGAGAGACUAAACCAAAAGAUUUUGCUUGGGACGUAAUUGAAGAGGUCCAUCAACAUUGGCAAAAUCUUAUUAAGAGCGAAGCACCAAGUGGUGGCAUCCAAUGUACUAAUGUAAGCGUUGAAGGAAGUCCAUUUAACAUAACUCAAGAAGCAUGUAAAGAAAUUUUGCAGAAAGUGCCGGAAUUGAAUGAAUCUCAAGAACCACUUGACCCCAUAAUUGAUAAAUGGCACUAUGAACAUCUCAAAUAAAUCAGCAAAAACGAGUUUUAAAACACUAUUGCGACUAUGAAAAUGAAUACUACUGCACAUAAAAAUAUUUUUUUAAACAUUUCUUUAUAUGUAUGUGAAAAGUAAGAAGAAUUUUUCUUGUAAAAAAAUAUGGACAUAAAUAAAUUUGUGAACUUAUAA